GAUAAAUGUAUAUUAGAAGAUCGAAAACAUGCUGAUAGCCAUAUCAGCAACUUUCGGUACAUGUGACGGAGCCAAGACUUUUGAUCCUGUGCGCCCUAGUACCUACAAAGCUACAAACGCAGCACUAGAGCUUGUGAAAAUACUCCCGGACCAGCACAAAUCAGACUUAUCAAUUCAAACUCCGAUACGAUCGAUAAAGAAAAGAGAUAAAUAGCCCCUGAAGGUAGCUCCCGCGCUCGAGUCCGCCCCUCGCAACCACACCCAACUUCUCUCUCUUUGUGGGAAGUGGUAAAUUGCUAAAGAGAGAAUUAUGGCAUCUCCCGUCGUUGACAUGGAUAAGAAAGAUCCUACGUCAGACUCUUCCCAGCUUCCAGAGCUCAGCAACUUAAACGAACGUCCACCCAGACCCCCGAUGUCGUAUUCCUCUCCUUCUGCCUUCCUGCACUCGUUCGCUGCACGGAACAAGGCAGUCUGGACAAGACGAUUUAUUCUGUCUUUAUUGGCAGGGCAAAUCGUUUCGCUCUGUAUCACCUGUACGAAUGUUACCACGACGGAACUGCAGAAUAAUCGCAACUGGGCUUUACCCACAACUCAGACCGUUUUUCUGUAUUUUUCGUUGUUCAUGGUGUAUACUCCGUAUACAAUGUACAGGUACGGCAUCAAGGGCUGGGCGGAGAUGGUAUUUCGCGACGGCUGGAAGUAUUUAAUUCUGGCUGCCUGUGACGUUGAAGGAAACUUCAUGGUGGUUAAGGCAUACCAGUACACCGAUCUUCUCUCAUGCAUGCUCCUCGACGCCUGGGCCAUCCCCGUGUGCCUCUUCUUUUCUUGGUUGUACAUGCGUACCCGCUACCACUGGACCCAAAUUCUUGGCGUUCUCAUUUGCAUUGGUGGUCUAGGCCUGCUGGUAGCCUCGGACGAGAUCACCAAGAAAGAUUGGGAAGCCAGUGCUCGCGGGAAGGGAGAUGCAUUUAUGAUUGCAGGGGCGACAUUGUAUGGGUUUACCAACGCUACUGAAGAGUUCCUUGUUCGCAAGAGGCCUUUAUAUGAAGUCGUAGGUCAGCUCGGUAUGUUUGGAUUCGUCAUCUGUUCGAUUCAAGCCGCUGGACUCGAGCAUGCGGACAUGCAUACCGCGUCAUGGAAUGGGGCCGUCGUUGGAUUGAUUCUCGCAUAUACUGCUGCGAUGUUUAUCCUGUACUCACUGGCCCCCGUCCUUUAUCGCAUGGCCUCUUCGGCGUAUUACAAUCUAUCGCUGCUCUCGAGCGACUUUUGGGGACUGCUUUUUGGGUUGGGCCUUUAUCACUACCAUCCGUAUUGGUUAUACUUUGUUGCGUUCGCUGUUGUUCUCCUGGGGCUGAUUACAUAUUUCUGGCACACAGCUCCGGAGGAUCAGGCCGAGCUCGACCCUCAGGUACCAGCGUACGUCAAGAAAAGGCAGGGACGCGAAGAGGGGGAAGAGACAACAACGGUGUAG